AUGCGCGCGAGCCUGAUUCGCCGCGUGCACCAGGAUGUCGGCCACUACGGCGUCCUGAAGACGUACUUGCUGCUGAGCCCCACUUACUGGUGGGUCGGAAUGUAUGGUCAGGUCCAGCACGAGGUAGCUGGCUACACCGUCUGCGAUCGGGUCAAGGCGACGUUCGACGUCAAGGACCCUGAGCUCAAGCCCCUGCCAAUCAUGGGCAUGUUCUAUCGAUGGGGCGCGGACCUGUGCAAGAUGCCACAGAAGUCCGACGACGGCAACCGCUACGUCGUCGUGAUGGUCGAGCACUUUACGAAAUGGAUUGAGCUCCGUGCGAUUCCGGCCAAGGAGGCCAAGCACGUCGCAGCCGCCUUUCGGGAUACCGAUGGUCUGGCCGAGCGCAUAGUACAAGUCGUCAAGGAGGCGGUGCGCAAGUACGGCCUGCUGUUCAACAAGCGGCACUGGGACCGGUUUCUCCAAUGGAUUGCCAUGGGGUACCGAAUGAGCCGACAGGCGUCCCUGGGGGGCUAUUCACCCUACUACCUGCUUUUCGGCCGACACCCAAUCGUCGGGAGCAAGGUACGCGACAUUCUCCAGGAGCCAGUGGAUCUGGACGAUUCCAUCCUGUGCGCGGAGUUCUUACACGACCGCGCUGAGCUGGUCAAAGAAAUCGGACUCAUGGCGUUCGUUGAAUCGCGCCAUCGCUCAGCACCGGGACAUCCUGCGCUACGCGCACGAGACUUCAAACCGAAACUGCGUCGGUACGAAGUGGGCGAUCUGGUUUACCUACGCCGCCAGCCCGCUGACUCCCUGGACCCCAAAGUCGGCCGCCUGAUUUUGCGCGUCAAGGAACUGAAGGGAACGGGCCGAGUCCUUUUGGAAGGCCGUGACCAGAAGACGAUUACUGAGCACGUCGAGAACUGCGCUCCGUGCCACAACCCGAGCAUUGACCUCUGGCAGAACCCUGUGUUCACCGAAGCAGACCGGGACCAGGCAUGCCAAGUCUGCCACAAGACUACGGGCGCACCAAAGAUGCUGCUGUGCGACAACUGCGAUGAGGGAUGGCACAUGCAUUGCCUGACCCCGCCAGUCAAGCGCAUGCCCAAGGGCAACUGCUUCUGCCCGAGGUGCCCUGUCAACGACGACGACAACUAG